AAUUCAGCUGCCGACCUGUCCCACCAUUUACCGUCGGCCGAUGGACAUCUGACAGCCGGAGCGACCUUCCCUCCUUCUCUGCGUCGGUCCGGUCUCGCAGCCUCCGUAGACCGAUGCGAGUCCGCCAAGUCCGGAUAUUUGUGGCCGCUGCUGGGAUGGCCGAAUCGACGCCAGGCCCGAUCAACCUGCAACACAGGCCCGAUGGGCUACACCACGUUGUCCGGAGUCCGAGUCCCUGGCCUCGUCGGUAGCGAUGGCAAUGGUGAUGGCGACUCUGGCGAUGCCAGCGGCCUCGGACCCGGGCCCGAUCGAGCAGCCGCCUCCGUCUCGGACGCCCGGCGGUCAGGUCGGGUGCACGAGGAGCUCAGAUCCAUGCGGCCUGAAUUGCAGGCAGCGCAUGACCAGCCGCCGCCACAGUACCAGAGAGGACCACAAAUGCAUUGGCCUGCCCCGGGCCGACUGGAGGAGCCGAGGUCAAAGGCUCGCAGAGAGCCGCACGAGGCCCAGGUCGUCGAGGCAAUGAUGACGGCUCGACGACAGCUGUCUGAAGCCUGCUCCACUUUACUUCUAGAAACCUACUUACAACGUACCCAGUACCUUCUUAGCUUACACUCCGCUGGCAGGCAGGCAGGGCGGCUUGAGCGCAUCUACGGUCGCUUCUGCAAGUCGGCCCUGCUAAUGCAUUUUGCAGAAGAGUCCUGGCGCGAAGGUCACUGCCUGGCCGACUACUUUCAGCGGGAUUGCUCCGAGUUCAGCCAACACACGCACCAACCUGAGGCAGACUUGUGCCUCGGCAAAGGAGACCCUUUGAGGCCUGUCCUGUGGACGCAGGUCAUGGUUGCAUCGGGGUCUAAUGGCUCAAGGAAGUUACAUGUUUUGACGCCUCCCCUCAGCCGACUCGUGGAACAGCCGCCAGGUCGCGCCGUCGGCUCGGGCCAGAGGCCGUCAUGGCUACAGUUAACAGGCGAGGCAUCUGCCCGGGCACUGGAACGGGCCGAGCCGAGCUCCUCUGAGCUGUCGCUUCUGCCCACCACCCAAAGCUCCAGUACCAGGCUCGAGUUGAAGCCUCGCCUGACAGGUCUGCGUCUGUAUUUCGUGCCAAAAGUGUACACGCCGAGGCACGUACCCAAGGGGCGUUCAGAAAUUAAUAAUUCACACUCCUUACUGUUACCACCUCGUGAAGGCCGGGAUCUUGCCUCUCUCCACUAUGUUUUGAUUUCACCUCUACAUUGA